AUCUGAAUGAUUUUAUUGUGAAAAUCUGCGCCUGGAGCGGAAGUGCCUCGUGGUGUUUCCUGCAGCUUGACGCCGCGGAGCCUCGAACUCUUCGCCUCAGUGGAAGAAGCAUCAGCGCACAGCAGAAGCGAACCCAACCGGGCGGGAGAGCGUCUGUCCCCGUCUGUCCCCGUCUGUCCCGUCUGUCCCGUCCGUCCCCGGUCUCCAAAGUUUGGAGACUUCUACGCGUCACCGAGGCGAAUUCAGGGUUUUGGCUGAUUUGGAGAAAAGUUUGGGCGCGACAGAAAGUUCCUCGAGACGUUGAGCAGGAGGAAGAUGAUCCUUCAAGAGGAGCAGCUGCUCCAGUGACCAGAUGGAGCUCUGUUCAAGAGGGGGAGGAAGGUGGAGCCUCCAUCAGCUGCUCCGUCAGGUCCUCCCCGUGGUCCUGCUGUGGUUCAGCCUGCACAGUAACGCGCUGGGCUGCAGCUCCAGCAGCUGUAACGUGGAGCUGACGGAGGCCCAGGGGGAGUUCACGUCGCCCUGCUACCCACAGAAAUACCCCAAUUUGCAGGCCUGCAAGUGGACCAUGCAGGCCCCCGCCGGCUUCAUCGUCCAGCUCUCCUUCCUUGACUUCGACCUGGAGGAGGCGCCGGGCUGCAUCUACGACCGGGUUCUGGUCCACGCGGGAAACGCCGACGUCAGGUUCUGCGGGCCGACGGCCAGCGGGCUGACGCUCAACUCCACGGGGGACGUGAUGGAGCUGUCCUUCACCUCCGACUUCAGCGUGCAGAAGAGGGGGUUCAGUGUUAGCUUUCCGACACGGUAGGUUCCCGGCUCCGCGGUCCGGUUCUGCUCCCAACUAAUCCAGAUCCACGUGCCUCUCUAGACCGCCGCCGCGCUCUGACUCUGAAAGUCACCUCUUCUCUUUUUGUUAGCAUUAAUAGGACGCAGGGUGCUGAGAGCCUCCCAGAAUGCACUGGGGCAUCCCGCCAUAGACGGAUCAUUUGAUAUUUUUACUGCUUCAUAACAAAUGUACCUUUAAUUAACUGCUGUAAUCUGUCAUUGAAAUGAUUCACGUUCCCCCUGAAACGUCUUCGUGAGCUGAUUGAGGAGUGACCGUCUCACUCCGCUGUCCUCAUACACGAAGAGUAAUAAUCA